CGUCAUUGCCCAAACACAAACAAACCUGCAGCACCUUGAUGGCACCUGCCAGCACGCAAGAACGCAGCAGCGCAUACUCCGAAGCAGCCACCCAGUGCAGCCCAGCCAGCCAUCAAAACACCACAUCCCUCUGCCGAUGCACACAGAGCGCACGCGCCAUCACUUUGUUUAGGCUGCGUGCGUACGCGCAAUUUUUUUGCAGGUUCUGUGUCGCAUCACGCACGGCUCAGCGAAGCGAGGUGCUGUUCCGUGCAAAAAGCGCCCUUGUUCACUCUCCCCUAUCACUUGGGUGCUUGUGAACUGGUCAAGUCGGUGAACUCUUGGCCUGUUGGUGCAGCUACUCCCAUCACCACUUUCCGCUUCGAUCGUGUAUGCAGCGCCCCGUUUGUUCUGCUCGCGCACGGCCAAGGCACAAGCCCGCCCGCCGCUGUGGGUUCCACGACUCUGUGCGGAUCGUUGCUGACACCGCCUACAACGGCCCUACCUUCACCCUUGAGCGCGACGCCGUCGUAUUCGCCGUCGGCGACACAGACGUCACAACCACAGCCUCGACCUCCGUUCACGCCAGCAACAGCAACAGCUAUAACACCGCAGCAAGUAGCACGUGCCGGAGAGCCAUCAGCAGCGGCACCCGCACACCCUCCUCAAACGUCCACUCUCUCGUCAACGGCUUCCACAGCCUCCCUACCCGCUCAUCCUACACGCCGAGCCCACGCGCCAUCUCUGCGUCCACGUCCGCGCCUGCGUUUGCCGGCUUUGGCUACGGGUCGUCCGUGUGCAGCCGCCGCACCAGCGCCACCGCCAGCGAGUGUGGUUCUGGCGAGCCGCAGGUGCAAGCCGUGCGGUCGCUCGAGCAAGCCCUCCAGCUCUCCCGGUUCCUGCCGCGCUCCGCACCGGCCGUGAUUCUCCUGCCAGAGGCCGACAUCCACGACCUGGUGGACACGAUGGACGCGCGCAUGAAGUAUCUGAAGCUGUUCAACGGCAAGGACUGCAUGGUCGCACAGGAUGCGCUGGACUGCAUCGCCGCGUGCACGCACGUGGUGCUGGCCACGGAGACGCCAGAUGCCAUGGAGACGGAGACGGAGCAGGUUGCAAAGUGGCGCGAGUGCGUGCGCUGCCCCGUUGUCAUUGCCACCGUUCGCCCGCUCCACGCCGACGACACCGACGACGACCACUUCCACAUUGACGGCGCCCACUGCGCUGUGCCGCGCACCACAUGCAGGGGCAGGGGCGACAGCGGGUGUGCACGCGACAACCCGCUUCCCUUUGCCAACGGCGGCGGCGGCGUUGGUGUGAACUUCCCGCCCUUCAGCGGCCUCGCUGCGAUGGGCCGCAGCUUCAGCCCGUCCUUCCGCCCCCACCUCGGCGUCGACGACGAUGAUGACGGCGACAGCAGCAGCUCGUAUACGCGUGAUGGCGGCGGUGCGGACUGCGGCACUGGCGUUGCUGUGAUUCGCGUCGCCUGCGCCAGCGUAGCCGACGCCGCCCGCUUCACCCUCAACCUCAUCGCCGCCGCGGGGUGCCUGGACGUGCCCCAUCUGGUGUUGGCCGGCGCGCCCGUGCCGCUGGGAGGCAUGCUGCCCAUCUUCGACGCCGUGCUGAUGGAGGGGCAGUACGUUCCGCACAGCUACGCCCUCGUGCAGGGGCCGCACACCGCGCCACGCACGCCCACACGCAAGCAAACGCGCGCACGCGGACAGCGGGACCGCUCCCCUCCCCAUCAUCGUCGUCAUCAUCAUUCAAACCGCCGCAGCCGCCACCGCCAACACCACCACCACCGUCGUCGUCAUGACAGCGGCGACAGCAGCGACGACGAGCAAGGGGACAACAGCGGCAUGUGGGGGUCGCUGGUCACGCCGACAUCGCGCAUCGUGGCGAUGGUGCGGGCCGAGCUGGUGGAGAUGGAGGGCAUCCCUGGCGUUGGGCGCCCCGGUGCUGUCAAGCGACGCCUGCAGGAGCUGUGGGUGAUGGCUCCUGCCAUCCUCGCUGCUGUCGUGGGGGAGGCGCGUCGUGCGUGCAUGCGCAAUCUCGCUGCGUCGUCGUGCGCCGCGCAGCUGUCCACGCUCUCGCUCACCAAGUACGUCCACCACCUGCUGCUGGCCAUCAGCGGGCACAAGUGCAUGUCACACAUGUUUAGGGGCGACAAGGCGUUGGCAGCAGCGCAGCGCCGCACCACCGCCGUCACCGAGCGGCUGGCACAGGUGUGCACCUCAUCCAUGGACGAGUCGCGAAAGGCCGUGACGGGCGUUGCGGGCACGCGCGGUGGCGAGCGCAUGUCAGCAGUGCACAAGCUCCUGGACGCUGUUGUGCAGCAGCCCGACAUUCUUGCGGCCAUUGUGGACGAGGCAGGCCACACUGCAUUGACGUGGGCGUGCGACGCCAGCGACCAAGACCUUGUCGCCAUGCUUCUUUCGCUCGGGGCAGACCCCGCGCUUGCCGAUGCCAGCGGGGCGCUGCCUGGCGGGGACGAUGCCAUAGCUGACAUUAUCGAUGAGUUCUGUUCGCGCGUGGAGCCGUUUAUUGGCGUGUGCAACUCUGUUGACCAGCACGGCCAGCCGCUGUCUCGUGACAUCUUCACCCCUCCACAGCCAGCUCGAGUUGUGCAACCGUCUGCGUCUGCGCGCACGAGCCCUUGGACCACAGCGACAACCACGCAACAACAACAACAGCAGCAGCAGCAUAAUGGGCAGGCAGUUGCAGUGACAUCCAGCGCUCAACACCACCAGCCGCUACCGCUGUUACAACCCGAGCCCCAACGUGUAGACACCCUACAGCAACCACAGCAGCCACAACAAACAUUACAGCAGCAGCAGCCACAGCCAACGGCGUUUCCGAGCACACCUCCAGUGCAGCAACAGCCACAGCCGCAGCAACGACAGCAGCAGGUGCAGCAGAUGCAAGGACCUGGCGACAAGCGGAAGCAAGCAACCGAGCUGCAAGAGAAGUUGAUGCGUGAGGCGCUGCUGUCAUCGACAACAGCCGCUGUGCCCCAGUUCCCUCCGCCAACACCUCCACGCCACGACAGCGUGACGGAGCAGCGCCACCCACAGCAGCCACAUCUGCGCACGCAGCUUCAGCAGUUGCUGCAGCAACAACCACAACAACCACAACCACAACCACAGCAGCAGCCGCAUUUUCCACCACAACCCCAACAGCUUCAACCUCAGCAACAGCCCCAACAGCCCCAACCACUACAACAACAGCAACCACAGCAGCAGCCACAGCAACCACAGCAGCAUAUGUCAUCUGCGUUGGCAAAGAGCAGGUUUCUCAUGCCUCCGCAGCCAUCACAGCCUGCUGCCAUGCGACAGGCAAGCGACAGCUGGGGCACAGGCUUGGUGCUGGACGGGGGCGCCAUCAGCGAUGACGGUGUUGAUGGUGCUGACAGCAGGGAGAGUGACGUCUUCAUGGCUGGGCCUGGUCCAGGGCACACCAGCCCAGACCCAACUUAUGUGCCCACGGGGCCGUGGGUGCGCCGGCCAACACGUCGGCAGCCCAAGCUGGCAUCGUUGCUUGCAGGCAAGCUGUCAUCCAAACCCUGCAACAGCUCGCAGCGACGGGGCAGCUUCGAUGAUGCUGGAGCUGGUGGCAGCAACGUUGCUGUUGUGAAAGGGCCCGUGGAUGGUACACCCAAACCCCAGCAACAACAACACCACCACCACCAACAACAGCCAACACACCAUCAGCAGCAGCAGCAACAACCACAGCAGCAGAAGCAGCAACAACCACAGCAACCACAGCAACCGCAGCAAACACAGCAGCAGAAGCAGCAAGGUUCUCUGCAAGCUGCGUUGGCUGCGCAGCUGAGCGGCCUGUCCAUGCGACCCACGUCGCCACAGCUGAAGCCGUCACAGCCUGUCGUCGAAGAAGCACCGCCGCCGCUCGAUGAACAGCACCAGGCUCCGUCAUCGCAACCACACCACCACCACCAGCAGGAGGAGGAGGAGGAGGAGGAGGAGGAGGAGGAGGAGGCGUGGGAGCCGAUGCUGCUGCCACCGCGGCUUGAGCAUCGUGUCCAGCCCAAGCAGCAGCAAACGCCGCAGCCGCAACGGCAACAGCCACAGCAAGCGCACGUUCAUCGAACCCUUUCUCCACACCAAACAUUCCCCCCGUCAACGAUCGUGGACACAGCAAACGAGGCGCCAGGUAUCGCCCUUCCACAGCGCGACGACGAUGACGACGAUGACCACCGUGAUCACGACCACCACACCCCUCGACCGUCCUCCCCGCUUCAAUGCGCAUCACUGCCACAGUCCACAACACCUGCAGCCCCAGCAACCACUGCGACAACCUUGAAAACGAGGACUUCUUCCCUGCCUGCACCCCCAGUGUCACCUCCGAUUGUUGUGACGGAGACCACUCGUGACGAUGCUGGGCCGUUUGACACCAUGUCCUUGCCGCCACCAACGAUUGUCGUCUCUCCCACGACCAUGUCGCCACCGCCACCCCCGCCGACAGCACCCAUGGCCCCGCUCCCACCGGAACAGCAGCAACAGCCGCAAAUGCAGCAGCAGCAGCAGCAACCACAAGUGCAGCAGCAGCAACAAAAGCAACAAAAGCAACAAAAGCAACAACAACAACAACAACAACAACAACAAAAACAACAACAACAACAACAACAACAACAACAACAACAACAACAACAGCAACCGCAACAAGUGCAGCCUCAACCUUCACCACCGCCCCAACUGCCACCGUCGUCAUCGUCGGCGAAAGUUGUGGAUGUUCAGGCGCUGUUGGGUGAGAGGUGUGGUCGCAUCGGAAGCGAACCCGCGCCCAUCACAGCCCCACGUGCACUUGAGGGUGACAACGGCGAUGACAAGGACGACGACGACGCUGACAGCAACUACGUGUCUGCUGCUCCUUCGAUUGCUUCUCGCCCACAAACCGUGGAGGAAAUUGAUACUGCUGCCCCAACACAACAACAACAACAACAACAACAACAACAACAACAACAGCAGCAGCAGCAGCAGCAGCAGCAGCAGCCGCACGAUGAAAAGAAGGAAGACGAGGAAGGGUGCGAGCCCAACGCGGAGACGAAUGAGACGAAUGAGGAGGAGAAGAAGGAGGAGGAAGGGAAGAUGGACGCUGCCAAAGCAACGCAGCCGAGCCAAGACCUGAAGACGCAAGAACAAGGCAAAGAACCGAAGGCUGCGGAGACACAGCAGGCGUCCAAGCUCAAGAAGCAGAAGAAGAAGCGAAACAAGAACAAGAAGAAGAACAAGAAGAAGAGGAAGAAGGCACGCGAUGAUGAUGAGGUGGAUAUUUUCCAGGAGGAGGCCGCAUAGGGCUGAAGAAACGGCUGCACGUGUGUGUGUGUGUGUGGUGGUAGAGCGAGUGCCGGGCACUGCUGCUGGAGUCAUUAGGAUGUGUGUGUGUGUGUGUGUGUGUG